UCCAGGGAUGGGGCACCCACAACUUCUCUAGGCAACCUGUUUCAGCCUCUCACACAAAGAUUUUCUUCUUUGUAUCAAAUCCAAACUUACCCUCUGUCACUUUGAAGCCAUUCCCCCUAAUCUGAUAGUGUCCUUCACAUGCCCUUGUACAAAGUGCCUCCACAACUCUCUUGUUUGGUCCCAUAGGUAGUGGAAUGUGCUAUAAGGUCUCCCCAGAGUAUUUCCUUUUCCAGGCUGAACAAUCCUAAUUUUCUCAGCUUGUCUUUAUAGGAGAGGUGCAUCAGCCCUCUGAUCACUUGAUCAGAGUGACCCUCCUGUGGACUUGCUCCAGCAGUUGCACAUUCUUCUUGUUUUGGGAGCCCAGAGCUGAAUGUGUUAAGCCAGGUGGGAUCUUAUGAAACUGUAGUGGAGGGGCAGGAUCCCCUCCCUCAGCCUGCUGGCCACAACUGACUUUGGUGCAGCCCAGACACAGUUGCUUUUCUGGUCUGUGAGUGCACAUGGCUAGGUCACAUUUGGCUUCUUGUCAACCAAAACCCCCAAGUCCUUCUCAGGGCUGCUCUCAACCCAUUCAUCCCUCUGCCUGCAUUUGUGCUUGGGAUUGCCCCGACCCAUGUGCAGGACCCUAUCCUGGCUCAAACUAUGAAUUACUUGCUUUGAGUGAUAGAUCUGUCUUUAAGAUGGAAUGGGAACAAGCUCUCAUAGAAUCCAAUCCAGUGACCUUUUUGCUAGGACACCUUUCCUACAGUAAAAUUAAAAACCUAAUUUUAGAGAAUAGAAGGAAAGUACUUGUUUUCCUACCUCACAAACACUUCUGGCCUUACGUAUUUUAUGUGAAGGCCAGAGAGAUGCAGAGUGGGAUGUUACUUCAAUGCUCAUCUGCAUUCUUCAGAAAGGCAAGACAAUGGAAGAGAUUGGGACCCUCAGCAUUUUUUCACUUCUGAAUACAGUGAAAACUGAAAACCUCAUGUAUUACAAGUUUGAAGACUUUUGAAGAUGUGUAGAUGUGCUUAGGGACGUGGUUUAGUGGUGGAAUUGGCAGUGUUGGGUUAAUGGUUGGACUCAAUCAUCUUAGAAGUGUUUUCCAACCUAAAAGAUUCUGUGAUUACUUCCAGGUACAACAGAUGUAAAAAACAAUGGAAAUUUCAUUAUUAAACUGGGUGUGUCCCUUUAAAAGCUGGGAAGGACAACCAUAGAGGAUUUGUCUGAGAUGAUGCUACACAUGCAUCUUUAACUGGUCAGUUAGUGGUAGGUAUCCAACCUACGUCAGCAAUGAUGGGCAGCUUCCCUAUAAAGCAGUUACAAAGUCUGAGAAUGCCUGAUGUUACCUAUAAUUACACCUGAGACAAAAGGAACAACCUGAGAAAUUCAUCUGCCUGUCGAUGUUAUGAAACAAGUUGAAACUCACAAUGGAGACAAUAAUUAAUUCCAAGUAAUUUUAGAUGGUGUUCUCACCACCCAGUGACACGUGAUGCUAAAACCUGCAACCUGAAGAAGAAUAACAUGUGCAGUAUGUAGUGCAUUUCAAAAAUGUGCUCCAUUUUGAUCACUUCUCCAUUAAGCGGAAUGAAAAAACUUCCCUCGGCAUGAGGGGGAAAAAUAUAAAGUGAAAAUCUGUGAGUAGGAAAGAACUGUUGGUACUGAACCUUGGUGUGCUUUAGAUCUCAGGAGUGGUCCCUUCUAAUUUAUGUAAGAUGAAGAAAAUGCUCUUGUGUCAGGUAACAUUUUUUGUCCACUCUGUUCUCCCUUUACCUGAAUGUAAUCAACAGUGUCACUGACAGAUCACAGAGAAAGCGUGUCUGUGGUCACCAACUGCAGCUUAAUGCCCAGGAUGCCCUAAUGCUAACCAGGAACUCUUCCUGCUUCUUAAAUUUAAGAAGAUGCAGAUACUAUUUGAUAAGUGAACUCCUCUUUCCUUGACUUUCCAUCACCUCCCUCCCAGUCACAUGCUGUGCUGACCAAAUCCAGCACAAGGAGAAUGGAUACUGACACUGUACUCCUGAUGUAAUUUUCCAAAUUAAAUCUAUGAUAAAAAUGAAAAAGAUGUGCUGUACUAGAGACAGAUUCAGACCACUGUCAUGAAGUGGCCCACCUACACUCAGUGCUCUGCACUUAAAGCCCCACAAAGACCUUUGAGCAGAAGAUGGUGUUUUCUAACAUCAUGCAGUUCACAUUAGAUGGUGGUGGUGCCUUGGACAAAUACAUUGGCUGAGAGCCCUGUUCCUUUCAGGGUAUAUGAGCAUGUUUCCAUAGAGGGUGCUUGCUUUUGGCUCUUACUCUAAAAGGCAGUUGGAAAAAUUUGUGUGGAUAAAGAGGUUUUGACUGAGAAAAAGUCCCUAACACUGCAGAAAAAGUAUCCUCUUAAUUUGACUUACAGUGGAAUUUGUAUGAAUACAAGGAAUCUGUCCCAGGGACCCAAGAGUUUAUAACAGCACAGAUAAAAAAACUUUGUAUUUAUAACAUAAUAUUCACUACUCAAUGAGUACAUAAGGAGUAUUGCAAUGCAGAAUAGGCAUUAAGAAUUCAUGUGACUACAGUAAAAUGUAGAAAAAUGUGAUUACAUGGUAACAAAUUAAAGAGAAAAAUAUGUAGCAAAGACAAACAGUAUUUAAAUUCAAAACUUUAUCUUAAGGACGGUCAGCAAGUGGACAACACAUUAAGAAAUAAAUCUUACCUAAGGUUAUAGGCUGCUUCUCAAAGAAAGUGCUAAGCAAUCAGCAUGGACACAGGCUCAAGGACAGAGGAACAUCAGUUUUUUGUCACUAACAUGAUGCUGUUUUUAUGAAGGAUACCCAGAUGUUAAUACUAAAUUUUCAUAAUCUAUUUAAGAGAAUACAUCUCCUUCUAAUACAAAUUGUCCUGUUCUGUAGAGGAUAAAUGAAUGUAUCUACUGGGUUUGCUGCCAUCAAGCUGUGCACUAUGAGCUUUUCCCAGAUCAUUUCUGGUUUUCCUUCCCUCCAGCAUUUAACCAGUUGCUAUGCCCUUUGAAAGGAUUAAAGCACACUAUACUCUUUCUAUUUUCUAAGUGUUAAACCAUGACAACACCACAAAGAUGUGCACCUUACACUAUGUCAGACCUUACCUUCUGCUGUUCAAAAUGUUAAACCCCAGAAAAAGGAUUACAUGAUAGUCUAGUCUGAGAUACCAUAAUGAGAUGUCAGGUUUGUACAUGAAGAAUGAUUGCCUAGCAUUGUUGUAAUUGUUGGGAAGGUUUCAGUAGGAGUUUAACAUUUAAGACCCACCUUAAUCCUUACAAACCUCCUGUAACAAUGCCUGGUUUUGAACAUAUUAAUUAGUAUCUGGCCAAAACAGUAUUUCCUACCUGCCACAUCAGUCCCAAAAGAGCAAUGGGAAUAGGUGUAUUUGUGAUGCAUUAAAGAAUGAAGAGAAAGCUACCAGAAAAAAAUCUUGGCCUUCCUAACUUCCAUGCAUGCUGGGCAAAGUCUAGGGAAGAGAAAAAUGUAGCAAAUAGAACAGAAUUGAAGGGUACUGGCCUCCCAAACUGUCUUUCCUCCUCCAAGUGUCUCAGAUGCUUCAGAUAUGUGAAAAGUGUCUUGGCUGCAAAGUGCAAGUCUUCCAGAGCUCCUCUGUGUUUCCCCACUAACUUUUCCCACUGUUUAUUUCUCCUAAUUUCUGCUGCAACCUCCUGCCUCCCCAUGUCUUAAACUCAGACCCUGCCUCUGCUUGCCUCUGCCUCUGCUCUGGAAGUGUCCAUCCUGAAUUAGAUUUGUUGUAAGCAAUGAAGCAGUGGGAUGAUUUUCCUUAAUUGUCCUUGUUAAAAUUCAUAUGGAAGUAUGAUACUUAAAAGCUUGCCUAUCUGAAAUCAUUGAGGAAACAAGACAAAAACAAUCCUUCCAGAGAUAUGUCCAGGUGCAAAGCAGGAGAGGACUACAACAGGGAUCUGAUUUUUUGCCUGGCCUCUGCCACUGAUUCACUUCAAUAAUUUCUGCAAGUCAUUUACUGUGCAUCAAUGUCCUUAUUGAUGGAGUAAAACCAGUGUUUAUUUCCUUUCACAGAGUUGUCCCGAGUAUGACUAACCACCACUUGUGCAAAUCUUUGGAUGAAAGAAAUCAUUUGAGUUCUAAGCUCUUAAUAUAUAUUAGUUAUUGUACUUUAAAACAGUCAUCUCACUAGGUAGGAAUUAACAUUCCAAAGCCCAUAGGGUGGAUACCUUUUCCUACAUAUAUAUAUAAAAGUCAUCAAGUGACCUGCCUCAGAGGAAGGACAACUGAAUACAGGUCGACCAGGACAGCUGAGGAGAGCCAUCACCAUGAUCCCCACACUGCUGUUGCUGGGUCUUUCAGCUCUUGUUGCUCCCUCUGUGAGUUCCAGUUGCUAUGGCGAUAUAAGAGCUGUACAAGUCCCCAUGGUCUCCUGUACAAGAGAUCCUGCAAGAUCCUCUGAUUGUGGAUAUGCCAUGAUACAAAGGACUGCAGAGCCAGACCUCGUACGCCUGAGGAGAUACGAGAUCCCAAUUAAGAGAGUAGCCAGAAACCUGUGCUUGGACCCAUCGCUCAUCGGUGCCAUCAUGUCCCAGGACAGCCGUGUCGGCCUGCUCCUGGACAACGGCUGGGACCAGGGACGGCAGAAGUAUGGCCUGAUGCAGAUCAGCAGGCAACUGCAACCUUAUGCGGUGUGGGAUAGUGAAGAACACAUAAAUCAAGGCUCAAAUAUGCUGGUUCUUUCCCUUAAUGAAGUACGGGCAAGACAUCCUACCUGGACUUGGGACCGGCAGCUGAGAGGGGGUAUCUGCACCUACCAUGCAAGAAUGGGCAACCUCCCUGUCUAUGAGGCAGACCCAUGCAUGAGAGACUACAGCUACGCCAACAACGUGAUUAGGCGAGCCCAGUACUUUAAGAGACAUGGGUUCUAGGUCGUAAACCCACCGAGCCUCCCCUCUGCAGACUGGCCCAGCAGUGAUAGUAGUACCCAGAGCAGUUCCUCAGACUCCUGGCAGGACUGAUGCUGGUGGCAUUACCAAUGCCACCUUGCUGGCGUCAGCAAAUCCCAGCCUCCGGCUCGCUGAUGGGCAAGAUCAGCACAGCCUUCCAGGAGACCCCCCAAGGAUGAGAUCCCACAAGCUCGGGGCCUUUGAAAGGCAGAUGGGGACAGACCAGUGCAAUGUUUAAAUUAUGAGUGAGGAAGGUGACUCUUCCCAUUCAGAGCUGCACCUCAGGGCGGUUUGUGCAUCUCCCAGACGUGGAGACAAACAGCUCUCCCUGGGCAUCAGCUGUGCUCUCCCCAUCUGCGUCCACCUCCUUCCCUCUCCAUGGCCAAUGCAGGAGAUGAACACCCUGUUUUCCUUCCCUUGGUGCUGCUGGCUAAGGAGCAUUGAAGAGACUUCUCGGUGAGCCUUUGGUCUCUGCAGUAGCAGUUUUCCUGUAGCCAGUCUUGAGGGAGACAAUACUAAAACAUGCUUUGGUUGGUCUCCUGAGUCCACGGCCAUGAUGCAACUGUGGAGCUCAUCAGGGCAUCUAUAUGGAAAAUACUGCAAGUGCCACAGCAGGCAAAAUGCCUUUCUGUCAGAGAGCAGCCCUUGGAGCAGGAGUCAGCCUCAUGCACACCCGUGCCGGGAGCUGUAUCACAGCAAUAGUUUUGGUAAAAACCCCCACAGCCUUUCCUGCCUUAGCUUUGGCACAUUUAUGCUGAGUUUCCUCCAAAUUUAAAAGCAUUUCAGCAUCUGUCCCUCUGCCAGGAUUCCCAGUUUGUAAAAGAAGUGAAUGAGCUCUGGUCUGUUUGAAAGUGGAUGGGUCUCUCGGUGCCAAUUUAUUAAUUAGAGAACAAAAAUGAGAAUAAAAUAGAAAUAAAGAUAAGUGUUAAAUCC